AGGACGGAUAAAAACCCCGAGUGGGAGCGCGGCGGCGCGGAGAGGGGGUGCGGCGGACGGUUGAGAUUGUAGACGAGGCCAUCUAACCACUCAGCCAUGGCACCUACGCUUGCUACCGCACAUCGCCGGCGCUGGUGGAUGGCAUCCACAGCCAUCGUUGAGAACCUGCUCUUCUCUGCUGUCCUGCUGGGCUGGGGAUCUCUCCUCAUCAUGCUGAAAGCAGAAGGGUUUUAUUCUUACCUGUGUGAUGAGUCAGGAAACAUCACCAGCAGCCCACAGCAUGACAACAGCACAGCUUCAGAGCACAAAUGGCCUUCCUGCAAUGCCCAGGAUGAAAUGCUGAACUUGGCUUUCACCAUUGGCUCCUUCCUGCUCAGUGCAAUCACACUGCCCCUGGGAAUUGUCAUGGACAAGUACGGCCCUCGCAAGCUGCGGCUACUUGGCAGUGCCUGCUUUGCUGUGUCCUGUGUUCUGAUUGCCUAUGGUGCCAGUAACCCAGACUCUCUGUCUGUGCUGAUAUUCAUCGCCCUGGCUCUGAAUGGCUUUGGUGGGAUGUGCAUGACCUUCACCUCGCUCACGCUGCCCAACAUGUUUGGUGACCUUCGUUCCACGUUCAUUGCUCUGAUGAUUGGCUCCUAUGCAUCCUCUGCUGUGACUUUUCCAGGAAUCAAGGUUAUAUAUGACUUUGGGGUCUCCUUCAUCCUUAUUCUGCUUGUUUGGGCAAGCUGUGCAGGAUUAGUUUUCCUCAACUGCUUCUUCAAUUGGCCACUGGAGCCUUUCCCAGGACCAGAAGACAUGGACUAUUCGGUGAAAAUAAAGUUCAGCUGGCUGGGAUUUGACCACAAAAUCACUGGGAAACAAUUUUACAAGCAAGUAACAACUGUGGGGCGCCGUCUCAGCGUGGGGAGCUCCAUGAAGGGCCCCAAGGAGCCAGCAGCCUUGCAAGAGAACAACAAGCUCUGCCUGUCAACAGUGGACCUAGAAGUGAAGUGCCAACCUGACAAUGCAGCUUCUCCCUCCUUCAUGAAGAGUGUCUUCAGCCCUAUCUUGUUGCUCAGCCUUAUCACUAUGUGUGUCACUCAGCUUCGGCUCAUCUUCUACAUGGGAGCCAUGAACACAAUCCUUGAGUUUCUGUCUGGAGAUGAGGAUCAAGUGGCUCUCUACACUUCCAUUUUUGGGGUAUUGCAACUGCUGUGCUUGCUGACAGCUCCUGUGAUCGGCUACAUCAUGGACUGGCGAAUGAAAGAAUGCGAUGAUGGCUCAGAAGAGAAUGAGGAGCACAACACUGAGCAAAGUGACAAGAAGAAGAAAAAGCGCGAUCGGCAGAUCCAGAAAAUUGCUAAUGCCACCAAUGCCUUUGUGUUCACCAAUGUCCUGCUGGUUGGAUUUGGAGUCACCUGUCUUAUUCCUAAUCUACCCUUGCAGAUCCUUUCCUUCAUUUUGCACACAAUUGUGAGAGGAUUCAUCCACUCAGCUGUGGGCGGCCUCUAUGCGGCUGUAUACCCCUCUACACAGUUUGGCAGCUUGACAGGGUUGCAGUCGCUCAUCAGUGCCCUUUUUGCCCUUCUGCAGCAGCCUCUUUUUAUGGCAUUGACAGGACCUUUGGAAGGAGACCCUCUCUGGGUGAAUGUUGGCUUGCUUGUUAUGAGCUUCCUGGGAUUCUGCCUUCCAAUCUACCUGGUCUGCUACAGGCGUAGGUUAGAGAGAGAAAAAAAACAGAAGAUGGAUGAUGCCAAACUCUUCUUCAAAAUCAACGGCACUCCCAAUGAGGAAGCCUUUGUUUAAACUGGUACUUCAAAUGCAACCUCCCCUGUACAGGUUCCUACCACAUCCGUGGGUUCUACCUGUGGUGUAAGCCAGGAUUUUUCUCUCCUGGCUCUACCAGUCUUUGCUCAUCACUGGAUGGCUGGACAUCAUGGCUGGGCUCUCCUCAGAUAUGGCAGGAGGAGACUUCCCACUCCUCACUCCAGAACACAAGACACUUCUCUUUUUUUUAUAAAGGCCACACAAAUAUUGUGUCUUAAAUUAUCCCCUGAUCACACUCUCCAGCAGCAGUCUCUGCAUAGGAAACUGGGAAGAGAAGGAAGAGAGAGAUAGGGGAAGAGGGAAGAAAGACCAUAAAUGAAUUUGCAAACGUAAUGCACUGAAGUCUGUUUUCUUCCCCUCCUCCCUCAAUCUUGGCUAACCUUGUCUCAGAUGCAAGCUCCACUUCUCCCUCCCUGAGGCUUCGUAAUGGUCCUUCUGCUUGAUAUAUUGCUGGACCCAGUGGUUUUAAUUGUCUGUCCAGACAUACCCUAGACUGCUGCUCAGGCAGGGAAGGUGAUUUUAUUCUUAUGUGUAUGAGCACAGCUUCAGUGUAUUGCUAAAUGUUGGCUGCUAGCACUGACAGCUCAAAAAUCUUUUAUUACUGCAAAUGACACAGACUGUGAGCAAUGGAUCUGCCUUCCAUACUGAAAUGAAGAGCCCAGUGGAUUGCUUGGUUCUAAACCAAGCCUUCAAAGGCCUGGACUUCCUCUUCUUCUCAGACCACAAAUCACCUGUAUGUGUUUUAAACUGUCAGCAGUCCUGGAGCCUUUGAGAUAGGAAUUGGAUCUUGUUUACCGAUGAAGUGCUUUGAGACUUGUUGCCUUGUUCCUCCUCUUCCCUCUGACAUGACCCUGGGAAGGGAGCAGCAGUGUGUAUUUAGUAGUGAAGCUUCUUGAAGCUGAAUUCUGAGGCUCCAAAUACCUUGGUGUUCAGAAGCUGUGAGCUGACUUGCUGUUGAAAAGAGUCAAGAGUGCAGAACACUCCUUUGUGUCUGGUAACUGGAUCCUGUGGACAUAUAGCAGGAUAAUGUGCUGAUGUCAUUCUUCCCCAGCCAUUGCUCAUCUGCAGUGUUCUGAUAAUAGCCCCCAAGCUGCUGAACACCAGGUAACUCUGACCAAAAAGCUGCUGGUUUGGCCAUUUUAAGAGCCUUCUAUGAUGUUAAUGGCUCUGUCUGGACAGAGUAUGUGGUGAUUGAUUGUAUAGUGAGGCUGAAUUACCGAGCAAUACAUGUGGGGAAAGGUGUUUGGCAUGGAAGGAAUAAAAAGGGAAUUCUUAACCUCCUUAGUUUUGCAGAGGGUUUCUAAGUCUUGUCUGAAGUCAAGUUUUCUGCCCUUAACCUUCAUGUUGAGGUCAGUAGCUCAGCCUCUGUAGCGUUGUGACUGGUGUUAACCCCUGCACUAUUUGGACCUGCUGGGAGCAGGACUGUGCAGCAUUGAGGGUGAACAUCAGCAGUGAGUGUACAGCAGUCUGUACUCUGGGCUGAGCUGGUGGCUGCAGGAAGGUUGGGGCCAGGAAUAAAAGUUACAAAGGUGUAGCGGUGGCGCUUUCUGAACUGCCAUCUCUUGCACAGCGGCACAGCCCUUGGCAGUGGGUACAUCACUCACCUUCUUUGGUCAGGAAAGUGCAAGACUCAAUCAUUGCCCUGUUAGCUCUAAAACGGUGAUUACAAACAACACUGCACUUGGACCUUCCUUUGAGAAAUUACCUGGGAACUGAGUGCUUACUGAUAGAUUGAAGCAUGCAGACGCUCAGCCCACCCAGGCCUUCACCUUCCCUAAACAGCAAGCUUGAUGGCCUCUUGCACAGAGCCUUGGCAGGACAGCUGGAAGCCCUGCAAAGUCCCUCGCCGGUGGCCUCGACAGCACAGGAUGACGAAGCAGCUUUGUGGGACAGCAGCGCCACCUCCAGCCAGCCUCCUGCGGGCAGUUCAGAUGCUACUGCACUCCAUGGUACCUUUCAGUCUUCAGUCACUCGUUUGGAAAUGACUUGCCACUUGAGUAUUCCACGCGUCUGUGCAAUUCUUUAAUGUGCUGCCUUUUAUUAACUGUUUGUUCGAAGACAGCCUUAUUGCCUGCUGUCCGCCCCCUGCUCUUCUAGAAAUUCCUGUUUUCUGUUGGCCUCUAACUUUGCUGAUUUAGUGACCUUCCAGCUUUUCUUUCUUCUUAUGUUGAGCAAUAAUUAAGAGAGCAGAGUUUUGAUUAAUUUUCCUGUCUCAAGUACCUGUUUCGGAGAGCUACCAGCAGUAGUACAACUUGCUUAGAUUUCCAGAGGGCUUUCUGCAGAUUUCUGCAUUUCAUAUUACUUCUAAGUAUUUUGAGACGAUUCCUACUCAGCUCUGAGAUAUCUGUGACAUGACAACGGCAGAUUAAAUAGCUCUUAGUAAGAGCUCAGGCAGGUGAAUGUCUGAGCCACAGUCCUCAAGCUCACAAUGUCUUAAAAUAGAGACAGCUGUUGGAGGGUGUCUGUGCUAACUCAGCAUUACUGCCACCUCAGUUUCAGAAUGUUGAAUGUGGUAGCUUCCACUGUCAUGUCACUCCCAUCCCUGAUAUAAAUGGUGGCAUACAGAGUGUAUUCAUGAAGUGGCACUGGAGAGGCUGCUGCCUUGGAAGUUAUGUGCAGCUGAACAAAGAACACCCUUUUAUUCCUGCCAUCUGCCUCCCCACUGCAGUUCCCAGAUCCUGCCCUUCGUUAGGUAUAUCAUUUAAUCCAGUGUUGUCUGAUAAGAUAGUGGAUAUAUACGGUUGGUAUCUCUGCUGGUGUGCUGCCAUGUUUAGAAGCUGCUGGGCAGCUGUGAGGGGCAAGGUUCAUGCCUCUGAGCCAGUUUCAGGCUCUGUUUGCAGGCUGGCAGGAAAGCAUGCCUUUGGCUUGCAGUCAGGACUAGUGGGUACACAAUGGAGUUUUAGUAGUUCAGGGUUGGCCAGGCAAACAGGAGUGUGAAGUCAAACUGGGAUUUAUUGCUGCAGAAGAUAGUGGGGAAUAGGAGUAUAACUGUAUUUUUUAAACAGGAGCUGGAUAAACAAUGGUCUGAUGCAUCCACUAACUCAGGGAGAUUUUAAGUUGCUGUAAAUAAGAAAGUUAUGCCAAGGAAUGAUUACUUUCCUGCAUGCUCUGUCUCUUAAGAAGUGGUCAAAAAUGGAGAAAAUAGAUGCUGGGCUAGGUGAAACAUUGAUCUGGUCUUGUGGGGUUUAAUUUAAUCUGACAGUUGUGAACAAAACUAAUAUUGAAAGCAGUCUCAAAUUUAUUUAUCAAACCUCUGUAUCUGCAUGCAAGCUGUGCAAACACUCCACUGUUUGUGGCACAACUAUUUAAUGCUGUACACCCAGCAGGGGUGAGCCCCUCAGAGGACAGAGCAUUCAGAAGAGGCUGAAACCAGAAUAUUGUCCUCUAAAUGUUGCCUUGCACAGUGCAGAAACAAAUGCUAUUGGGAUGGUCCUGUUACACGUGACUGCUCAUGGGCAGUUUGCCACUGCCUUUGAUGCUUAUGGAAAGGGAAUUGUGGAUUCCUUACAUUUGGAGUGGAAAUCAGCACUGCUGCUUUCUAGCCAAGGGAUGCAGGACCAGUACAAUUCCUGAUGUGCUCUUCUAUGUGCAUGAGCCACCUUGUGGAAAAAAAACAAAUGGGCUACCAAAGACUAGAGGGUCACAGCAAUUUAAAUCAAUAAUGCAUUUACCUGUACAUCUGAAAUACAGAUCAGUGUAUUUAACUACCUUUAUAAUUCCAAAAUGAUGGCUUUUGUACUUUGUCCUUUUUUUUUAAUGCCCCCUGUGCCCCCUUACCCUCAUCCAUAUGAGAAGUAUAAAGCGGUGGUGGUCAUAGGAGAAGACCUUGUUACUCCAUGGAAACAUCCUCAACUGAAUGUAAUGAAAUAGAAACCUGAUCUAUGAGUACUUGCUGUUUGUAGGAGCCCUCGGCUGUGUGAAGGUGACUGCACCUUCAGGAAGCAUGGCUCCCAUCUUUUGACAGGGUCUCACAUGUAUUUAACAUGCAUCUGUAUUAUAACAAUAAAAAUAAGAGAGUGGGGAAGGGAGAGAUGACAGCUUUUUCUUUUCAUUAAUCUGUCACUACCCAAGUACCACCAACACAGUCUUGAUAACACUAAUGCAAUGCAGUCAACAGUGGCAGAGAAAAAUCUGUGCUGUUUUGCCUGCUAGGAGACACAACUUUUAGUGGGGUACUCUCAGCCAGCUACAGUAUGUGGAUCCUUGAGCUGAAUCUGGACACAGAUGUCUUUAAGAGAAAAGGCAGAUCUUGCUGAGACUCCAUCUUAACUGCAGUGCUGCUACAGCAAUUGAGAUAUUCAACUCCCACACCAAAGCUUGGCCUCAUCAUGCUUUGUCUACAAAGGAAAAUUGUAGGAUGAGAUUUUAACUGAGUCAGCAAAUCACUACAAUGUUUUAAAGUAGGAGAUUCCCCUCUUGACAGACUGAUGAGCUUGGAAAAUAUGCCACAAAACAGAAAGCAGAUACUUUAGGGUAAAAUGAAUGAAUUUUUUUAAACUAUGAGUUUUGUUACUACUUUACUUUUUUUUUCCCCUUUGAGUCUUUUCUGCAUCUGCAGAGGUUUUGGUAUUCCCCACUUCCCAGUUUAGAACUGCAAAGUAUUCAUAAUGGUAAUCAGCACUGCAGUAGGAUUCCUGAUGGGAAUGGGCUGGGUUUGGUUAUUAAUUAAAAAACAAUUAAACAGCCAACUAAAAAACCCAAAACAAAACCCCACUACUUUUGAUUUUUAUUUCACAAUAUUAUCUUCUCUGGAAUGGUUGAAACAAUGAUGUGUUAAUGUAGAUGCAUUCUUCUGUGUUAAUUAUAAACCCUCCAGGUCCUUGUUUUUCUACCUGUGCUGCCCAGCCUGUCUCUGGACAACCUGUUCUUAUCAAGUGUUCUGUGCUCUACGUUGUCAUCUUUCCUGCUGCUGCCUGUCACUUCCUUGUGCCUCACCCUCUCUGUCACUUGCUUUUUACUCCUGGGACAAUCCCCUUUUCCAGAAAGCCUCUUCUUUUUAACCUGAUGGCAUUAGCUUCCCCCCUACCUCCUGUUGACAAGAUCUUUUUCGUUUGUCCAAGCUGAACUGUAAGGCCAGUGUCAUCUCUUCUGUGUUUGUAAGGUGAUGUGCAUUCUUGCAGUACUGUCUAAAAAUAAAUGUGGUACUAAGUUAAUCCUUUUGAGGCUGCACAUAAUAAAGGUAUUGCUUGGUUCCUAA